CAAUUGAUAAGUUAGUUUACGGGUACCGCGUUAUUUGAAAGCAGCACAGUCGCUCCCUCCUCCGAGCUUUAUGCAACGGCCCCUCUCUUCUCUACCCACGCCUCUCAACAAAACAAGACCCAUUUUCAUCUUCUCCCCUUUUUGGGGUUUCUUCUGAAAAUUAAUGCAUUCCAAUGCAAUUACCUCCAAUGCUCAACUCAACCACAGAUUUUGAACAAUCCAAGAAGUACCCAUUUCGCCUUUCUUUCUUUUCUAUCAUCUGUUGGUGAAGAUCAAGUCAUGGAAUAUCAUUUGUAAGAUUUAUUCCAGGAGACAAGUUAACCAGCUAUGGGAUUGAUGUGUUAAUAUAGAAAAUGGGAGCACAAUUGGUUCCAAUUUGAAAAGGUAUAUAAAAAUUUGUUUUCUAAUUUAAGGGUUUUGAUGAUAUAAAAGGUUCAGUGGGAUGAAACUGUUCUUACCCAGCUACAUUUAGAGAGUGAUCACUUUUGAGUUGAGGCCAUGACAAGGGAAGCACUUGAUUCUCCAGUACUGGAGUUCUACAGAGACUCGGCGAUUGUGUCAAGUGAUAGAAUUGUAAAUAAUUUAUGUUCACAGACAGGAGAGGAAUUUUCAACGGAGUUUUUAAGGGAUCGUAUAGCGAUAAGAAGAGUUCCAGUCAUGACAGAUGAAGAUCAAUACCAGACAGGAAGACUGGGAUUAAAUUAUAAUCAGAUACAUGAAUUGGCUUAUAAGGAUGUUGCUGGAAUUAAUCGGCUGAUGAAAAAGGACUCUGAAUCCAAUUCGGAAGAAUUUGUUCCUCGAAUGGAAUUUCUUCCAGAAGUAGACAAUCGGUUUUAUCCUGAUCCUAUCAGUAGGUACCACCAAGAACAUGUUGCAAGUGGACAAAACUUGGGGACUUAUGCUGAUCAUAGUUAUUUUGAUCAAGAUGCUUUGAGACCCACAGUUGCACAAGGUUAUGGUGCUGGGUCUCAUCAGAUGUAUAAUCCUUUUGGAAAACAAGUCUUGGAAGAAUCGAUUUCUGCCAAGAUGAAAUUUCUUUGCAGCUUUGGGGGAAGGAUAUUACCAAGGCCGAGUGAUGGGAAGCUUAGGUAUGUGGGUGGAGAGACAAGGAUCAUUUCGAUUAGGAAAAACCUUAGUUUUGUAGAACUUAUGAAGAAAACUUUGGCAAUUUGUAAUCAGCCUCACACAAUAAAGUACCAGCUUCCUGGUGAGGAUCUUGAUGCACUUAUAUCUGUUUCUUCUGACGAGGAUCUUCUUCAUAUGAUUGAGGAAUAUCAAGUUCUGGAAAGAAACGGAGGUUCUCAAAGACUGCGUAUAUUUCUCGUUUCUCUGGGCGAAUCUGAGGGUCCAUGUUCUUUUGAAGGUAGAGCCCCAAAGCAGAAUGAUGCUGACAAUCAGUACGUUUUCGCUGUCAAUGGCAUGAUGGACAUGAGUCCGCAGAAGAGCUCCAGUGGACAAAGUCUUGCAAGCCAAACAAACCAGUUGGGAAAUGUUUCAGAUUAUAGUCCUAGUUUUCCUAGAGACUCUCCUACAUUUUCUUAUGCUUUGGAAAGCAUGGAUCAAAGUCCAAGUUACUCAAAUAUGGUAGGAUUAGGAAUGUUUCCAAACCCUACUGCUCAGUUCUGGGCAAAACUCAAGAUCCCAAAUAAUUCAUUCAAUCAAUCCUCUCCUGUAUCUCCAAGGACAUUACACCAAGGAGAUCACAAGAACUCAAAUGCACUUUUUUUCUCUGAUGGUAGAGAGAGAAUUAAUCCCUUUGUUAUGGAGAAGCUUCCAUGUGAAUUCUAUGGCGCUGAUGCCUCUAGCUAUUAUAAUAAUGUUCCCUAUGGGCCUCUGCCAUUGAUGAACUGCCAUCAUGCUAACCAGUAUUUGGUAGAAGCUGGCCAUACUAACAAACCAUGUGAAACACAUUUUCACAACCGUAGUCCAAGUGGAGAUUAUGUGCCUUCUCAACUGCAUGGGCAAAGGGAUAUCAACACUGAUAGAUCCAUACUUAUAGAAAGGGCACUUUCUGACUCGCAGUUGCAGGAACAUGAAAAGAGGUCAACACACUUCAGGGAAGGAGUAAGCCAACUGUCCCAAUGGAAUCAUUCUCCGGCUAUGUCAAAUUCCUCACAAGAAUGGCCAAUUGACAGGAGUGAUUCUUAUUCUGGUCAAGACAGAAAAUUCUGUGUAUGUACAGAAUCUACAUCAGAAGAAAGCAACUCAGAGUAUAAGAACUUUCCAAACCUAAACUACUUGCCCAGUAAUCAUGGUUUCGCUGACAAUUUACGAGACUCUGGAAGCACAGUUUCUUCUUCUUCAGUCAUUAUGCUGGAAAAUUCUCUAGAUAUCCUAAGGAGGCCAUCAGGUAACCAAUCCAAAAGAACUGCUCCUGAGUUCCUUAUCAAGAUCCAAAAUGUUGCCAAGGACCAGCCGUAUGCAAUGAAAGAGACAAUUAGUGCUCAACCAGUUUUGCAUGGGUUUCCUGAACCAUUGCCUAUUUCGUUUCAGGGAUUAGAUGAGCAUGAACAGCUAAACCUCAUUACUAAAUCAUUCAAAAGUACAGCUUCAAGAAGAGAGGCUUCCUACCAUGAUGAAAACGCUAUGAAUUAUCUAGAUGAAAAGAUUAAAAAGGCAGGGAAUGUUGAGCGAUCUUUUGAUGAUUUAAAAUAUGGAGAUGCUUUUGGUGUACUAUCACAACCCUUUGAUAACAAUCAUGACUACAAGGCAUUGGAAUCCGUUAUUACUGUUGAAGAAGUAACUGGUAGCUUACCUUCCGACAUCCCUUAUGCUACAAACAUUGUCCCACAUGUACAAUAUGAGAUAGGGGAUACAGAUGCAGAUAAUAAUACUCAAGAAUCUGACCGUGAAUUUUCUUCUCCUAGCGAGAAAGAGGCAGAGAACAUGACUCAAGAAUCUGACUAUGUGGCAGUCAAAGCUGAUAGAAGAAACAAUGAUGAAUCUUUUAGCGAUUCCACGAUGGCUGAAAUAGAAGCAGGCAUUUAUGGUUUACAGAUCAUAAAAAACGCUGAUCUUGAGGAACUGCAAGAGCUAGGAUCUGGUACAUUUGGAACUGUUUAUCAUGGAAAGUGGAGAGGGACUGAUGUUGCCAUUAAAAGAAUCAAAAAGAGUUGUUUUUCAGGGAAAUCUUCAGAGCAAGAGCGUUUGACUAAGGACUUCUGGAGAGAGGCACGAAUUCUGUCGAAUCUUCACCAUCCUAAUGUGGUGGCAUUAUACGGUGUGGUCCCUGAUGUGCCCGGGGAAACAAUGGCAACUGUGACUGAAUAUAUGGUGAAUGGAUCAUUAAGGCAUGCUCUCCUAAAGAACAGAGCACUUGACUGUCGUAAAAAGCUUAUAAUCACAUUGGAUGCUGCUUUUGGCAUGGAAUAUCUACACUUGAAAAAUAUUGUUCAUUUUGACUUGAAGUGUGACAAUUUGUUUGUUAAUUUGAGGGAUCCUCAACGCCCCAUAUGCAAGGUUGGAGAUUUUGGAUUGUCAAGAAUUAAACGCAAUACUCUUGUAUCUGGUGGAAUUCGUGGAACACUUCCAUGGAUGGCACCAGAAUUAUUGGAUGGAAGCAGUAACCGGGUCUCAGAGAAGGUUGAUGUGUUUUCAUUUGGUAUUGCAAUGUGGGAGAUUCUAACCGGAGAAGAGCCCUAUGCCAACAUGCAUUGUGGUGCUAUAAUAGGAGGAAUUGUAAAUAACACAUUGAGGCCUCCUAUACCGGAACGCUGUGAUCUAGAGUGGAAAACCCUAAUGGAACAGUGUUGGUCGUUCGAUCCAGCAGCCAGGCCAUCAUUUCCAGAAAUAACAAACAGGCUGCGUGUUAUGUCGAUAGCUCUACAACCGAAGCGACGCAACCUUCUAACUCGAUGAAUUCAUCAUUUCUCAUCACAAAGCAUAUAUGAAGGUGUACUCACAAAGGAUGUAGAAUACAUACCAUAUUUUUUGCGCAUAUAUUUGGAAGAGCAGCUCGUGUAAAGUUAAUGUCUUUGUAAAAAAUUAUAUAUAUUCCUAUUAGAAGCAAACAGAUUAACAGUCCAAUUCUCAUGUACUCUUUUCAACAUAUAAAUUAGGACACUCUCUGUUCAUUUUUCAGAAAUCAAUAUAUCAUGCC